UGAAACUGUUAUAUUUUAAGGACACAUUUUUAAAGCUAAAUUUGUUAAAACGGUGGAGCAAAAUCAAAUUCAAAUAUCCGCAGAGUUUGACUGUAAAGCUAUCAAGUAUAAAAUGAAUUCUUGUCAAAUGACGGGAAAUCCUACUUGUAUUCCUUUAUGUAGUCCUUUAUGUUGUCCUUUAUGUAGUCCUUUAUGGUGUCCUUUAUGUAGUCCUUUAUGUUGUCCUUUAUGUAGUCCUUUAUUUAGUCCUUUAUGCAGUCCUUUAUGCAGUCCUUUAUGUAGUCCUUUAUGUAGUCCUCUAUGCAGUCCUUUAUUUAGUUCUUUAUGUAGUCUUUUAUGUAGUCCUUUAUGUUGUCCUUUAUGUAAUCCUCUAUUUAGUCAUUUAUGACUUAUGUAGUCGCUUUGUGUCAUCCUUUAUGUAGGGAUUGUAGUCCUUUAUGAAGUUCUUUAUGUAGUCCUCUUUGUAGUCUUUUGUGUAGUCCUUUUACAUUCAUAUCAUCUCGUUCUGCUACUUUUAUAAACAUACAAGUUGAAAGCAAAAAAAUAAAUAUCGCUUUGAUGGCCUA